AUGGAUGAAAAUGGAGAUCGUAAAUACUCGAGAGGCGAAGCGUAUUCGCAAACGGAUAGUUUGGGUGGCUACGAGUUUCAGCCGAACAACUACGACGCCGCGGCAUCGGCAUACCUCGUCGUUCUGUUGCGCAACGAAAGUCGCACGGGAACGUCGAGCGAGUGCGUGGAUGCGUAUACGGGACAAGCUCCGGGACUGAAAAUUUUGGAAGCGCCGCCGGGGUCGAAAGUGAUUUCGCCGAUGACUACGCUCAUUGGCGAGGUCAUCAGACUGUACUCUGGUGACGUCGACAUGACUGUCGCUGAAGCGACGACCAUGAUCAACUCCGCUUUUGGUUUGGGCAACGCGGAACACACGCAAAUCGAUCCGAUUUACGCCGCCUCGAACGGUGAAGUGGCUGUUUACGGUCCAGUCGUCGGCGCAAUCAAUAUGGUUGCGAACCUCGUCUCCUCCGUCGGCACGUUAUUGUUUGGCAUUUCCAGUCUGAAUGGUGGAAGAUUGAGUGCAGCAGAUUGUGAAUUGAAGGUAUAUUCUGGCAUUGCCCGUGAAAUUAACGAGGCUUUACUUGUCGCUUCGCGAGGUGGUAACCGAAAGUUACUCACGACGCACUUGUUAGAUUUGGCCAACUCAGAUUCAAUCUCCGGCAUUGCGAAAUCUUCGUUAUACUCCGCGAGUUUGACGAACAUUCAGUUGAUGGGUGCUGGUUAUUCUCCAGCAGCGUUGGAGUCCACGGUGUCCAUGUCAGCCAACUCUGGGGCGGCGAUCAAGAAUAGCUUGAGCGAUUUGUCGGAUCCGACUACCUUCUUGAAAAAAGUCACCGCGGCUUCCAAGGUUGCUCAAGAUCCAGCUGUUCUGAGUGCCCUUCUCAGUAGCGCUACGAACGAAGCGACGGAGGAUGAACUCACUACUUUGAAUGGCGUACAGGAUGCAGAGCUGUACGCGAGUAAAGCGACGGCUGAAACUGAGACCAUCGCGGUGUCAAUUCCGCUUUAUCCGCCUCCGCCGUCGCCGCCACCUCCGGGGUUUCCACCUCCAUACGUUUCUAAAGGACCGAUAUUGAAUCCAGCGGAAUUAUCUGCUGCUAUCACGGUUCCAACGCUCUUUGUGUUCAUUGUAGCUUUGGCUUUGACGUUGAGGUAUAUUGCAAAGAAUAGAAGAGCGAGACGAUUAGCGAGAUAUGAAACUAGGAUUGAGAGAGAGCAGUUAGCGGCGCAAAAGUCAGUGAAGAAACUCAACGAUGACAAGAUUAAACGCGAAUUAGCGGCGUUAACGGAUGAGAAAGCGGCUGAGCGAAAGUUGAUCAAGAAAUACGAGCAGCACAUGCAAAAGUCGAAAGAGAAAGUAGAAAAAGCAAUCGCGUUGCGAAUUCAAGCAGAGAAACAGAAGAAGAAGGAUAAAAAGGCAGCCGAGAAAGCCGCCUUGCGUUGA